UCCUGUUCUCUUUUGGAAUAUCUUGUCUCUCACCCUUGGACCUGAGAAGAAAUAAUGGAGGCCAAGGUGUUUCUACUGCAGCCUCUGUCCCCCUGGAUGUGCAAGUACUGGGAGACUCCUAGAGAGAAUGCCAGGACUCCCCAAAGGCUGGGCAUGUUGCAGGGUGGUGCUGGACUGGCCUCUGGGAGCCCAGGCAUCCUGUCCCAUCCCUGUGGUGACUGGGCCCCAUUGGAGCCUUCUCUGGACCGCUCUGCGCCCCCAGCCCCGCACCGCCCGGAUUUCGUGGGGCCAGCUGAAUGGCCGUCAGAGGAAGAUCCAAACUCGGCACACAAGGAACUGCUGACAUUCAGGGAUGUGGCCGUAGAAUUCUCUCUGGAAGAGUGGGAAUGCCUGGACCCCACGCAGAAGUGUUUGUACAGGGACGUGAUGUCAGAGAACUACAGAAACCUGGUCUCCCUGGGUCUUGCUGUCUUUAAGCCGGAUGUGAUCACCUCUCUGGAGCAAAUGAAAGCGCCCUGGAAUGUGAACAGACAGGACGUAGUAGCCAAAAACCCAGCUGUGUCUUUUUAUGUCACUCAAGACCUCAUACCAAAGCAAGGCUUAAAAGAUUCAUUUCAAGAAGUGGUACUGAGAAAAUAUGGAGGCUUUGGCUUUGAUAAUUUACAUUCAAGCAAAGACUGGAAAAGUGUGAGUGAGCAUAAGGGACAGAAAGAAGGUUUUCAAGGACUUAACCAAUAUUCAUCAACUAUUCAUAACAAAAUCUCACGAUUUAAUAAAUUUGUCAAAUCUUUUGACCAUUGCUCAAUCCUUAUUGUAAAUAAGAAAAUUCAUAAUGAAGAGAAAUCCUACAAUUGGGAAGAAUGUGGGAAAUCUUUGGACCAGUUCUCAGGCCUUAAUAAAUAUAAGAAAAUCCAUGCUGAACACGAACCAUACAUAUGUGAAGAAUGCGGGAAAUCUUUUAACCAGUGGUCUAAACUUACUCAACAUAAGAAAAUUCAUACUGGGGAGAGACCAUUCAAAUGUGAAUACUGUGGCAAAGCCUUUAAAUGGUCCUCAACUUUAAUUACCCAUAAGAGAAUUCAUACUGGAGAGAAACCCUACAGUUGUGAAGAAUGUGGAAAAUCUUUUAACCAGUGCUCAAGCCUUAUUCAACAUAAGAGAAUUCAUACUGGAGAGAAACCCUACAAAUGUGAUGAAUGUGGCAAGGCUUUUAAACAGUCCUCAACCCUAAUUCAACAUAAGAGGAUUCAUACUGAAGAGAAACCGUACAAUUGUGAAGAAUGUGGAAAAUCUUUUAAUCAGUGCUCAAGCCUUACACAACAUAAGAUAAUUCAUACCGGAGAGAAACGCUACCAAUGUGAAGAAUGUGGCAACACCUUUAAAUUGUCCUCAACCUUAAUUAAACAUAAGAGAAUUCAUACGGGAGAGAAACCCUACAACUGUGAAGAAUGUGGCAGAGCCUUUAAACAGUCCUCAAACUUAAUUAAGCAUAAGAGAAUUCAUACUGAAGAGAAAACCUACAAUUGUGAAAGUGUGGAAAAUCUGUUUACCAGUGUUCAAGCCUUACUCAACAUAAGAGAAUUUAUACUGGAGGCUAAGCCUUCAAAUGUAAAGAAUGUGGCAGAGCCUUUAAAUGGUCCUCAACCUUAAUUGAACCCAUACUGGAGUUCAGUUGAACCUUAAUUUUCUCAUACUGGAGAAAAACCCUACAAUUAUGAAGAAUGGUGAGAAGUCUUUUAACUGAUACUCAACACAUGAGCAUUCACCUUGGAAAAAAAUUCUAGAAAUGUGAAAAAUGUUGCAAACCUUUUAAUAGGUAACUGCUCACAUCUUACUAACAUCAGAGAACUUAUGCUGGACUAAAGUAUUAUAAAGGUGAUGGUGAUGGCAAAAUUUUUCACACAGUAUAACCCUUAGGGUGCACAACAGUAUUUAUCCUUAUGAAAAAUAUUCCAAAUGCAAAAACUGGUGCAACCCUUGUUAUAUUAUACACUGGAGGCAAUACAGUGUUGCUCAAACUUGAUUUAACAUCAGAUAAUUUGCAUUGGAUAGAGAACCUACAAAUAUAAUGAAUGUGAAAACACAUUUAUCCAAGAAAUAUACUUGAGAAAACGCCAGAGAGUUUAUACUGAAUGGUACUUCGCAUUUGUUGUAAAUGUGCAAAAAUAUCUAAUAUAAAAUCAAGUCUAAAUAAACAUGAGAAAGUCAUAGCAGAAAGUGCUAAGGCAUUAGCACUUUCAGACAUUACUCUAAAUCAGAGUAUUUAUUAUAGAGAAUAAUCCUAAAUUAUAUUGAUAACUUAUCUGUAUAUUGUUUUUAAAAAGCUGAAGAAUAAUUUCUGAAGAGUUAUAAUACAUUCAAAGUAUACCUUUGGGAUUGAAAGUACUUUAGAUUUUUUGGAAAGUAGAUGUUGUGUAAUUCAAUUUUGAAAUCACAUAAUUGUAUGCCUUCAUUCCUCAUGUUUUGCACAUGGUCAGUGGUUUAGCACAUCAUCUCUCUGAAAGGUUUUCCUUUUAUAGGUGGACAUCAUUUAUACACUUUUCUGUGGAAAGUUAAGGAUACUAAAAUGUAAGACUCAUCAACAAAAUCUAAGUGGAGAGGCUCUUUGUGUUUGUCUUAUGACAGUCUUGCAAGUAAUGUAUGAGGUAGAUGUCAGAGCUAAUAUUCUUCUGCAUAAUAGUAAGAAAAAAGUUGGAUUUUAGAAGAAAAUAUUUUUACUAUUUCCAUAUUGAGGUAAUAAAAUAUGGUGGAUUUUGAAAAAUGUU